CUCUACGCCGCCAUUUCGGAAACUGAACACAUGGAUACGUAAAUAUCCUAAAUUAUUAUUGAAGCACAUCGUUUAUUGUGAGAGAAAUAUGGCGCAGUGGGAUUUAACUUCAAAGAUUGGAGCUUUUUUAGAUCGUCAUUUAGUUUUUCCUUUGUUAGAAUUUCUUCAUGUGAAGCAGGUUUAUGAUGAAAGGGAGCUCUUGCUCGGAAAGUUAGAGAUUGUCAAGAACACUCGGAUGAUAGAUUAUGCUAUUGACAUAUACAAACAACUUUAUCCCAGUGCACCUAUUCCUGAAGAACUUCAGGAGAAAAGAAGAAAAGUUGUAAAUGAAUUGAAAAUAUACCAGGAAGAAACUAACCAUAUUAGGCAAAUUUUUGAAUCUCAGCCUGUGGUUAAGCAGAUUGAAACUACUAGGGAUGGACGUAUGCUUUUGGAGUUCCUUGUUAGGAAUUAUCAGUUUAACAUUGAAUGGAUGGACUCUGUGUACAUCUUUGCUAAAAGCCAAUAUGAAUGCGGAAAUUAUUUAGCUGCUACUGAAUAUUUAUAUCUAUAUCGUUUAUUGGUUCCAUCUACUGAUAAAAAUUAUUUGAAUGGAAUGUGGGGUAAACUUGCUGCAGAAAUCUUGAUGCAAAGUUGGGAUACUGCUUUAGAUGAUUUCAAUCGCUUGAAAGAAUUCAUUGAUAGCAAUACAAAAGAGUUGAAUGAUAAUUUUCCUUUUGGGUCUCAGCUUGUCACUCUGCAACAACGGACAUGGCUUAUUCAUUGGAGUCUUUUUGUUUUCUAUAAUCACCCUAAGGGUCAAGAUCUUAUCAUUGAAACAUUCCUGUUCAGCCAACAGUAUUUAAAUGCUAUCCAGACAGUUUGUCCUCAUAUUUUGAGGUAUUUGACAACUGCGGUUAUUACGAACAAACAAAGACCAUCUGUCAUAAAAGAGCUAGUAAAGGUCAUUCAACAGGAAUCCUAUCAAUAUAGAGAUCCUAUUACUGAAUUUGUUGAAUGCUUGUAUGUCAAUUUUGAUUUUGAUGGUGCACAACAAAAAUUAAGAGAGUGUGAACAAGUUUUGGCAAAUGACUUUUUCCUUGUUUCUUGCUUGGAUUCUUUUAUUGAAAAUGCUCGUUUAGUGAUCUUUGAGACAUUUUGUUGUAUUCAUCAAUGUUUAUCAAUCAAAAUGUUGGCAGAAAAGCUGAAUAUGACACCUGAAGUUGCUGAAAAAUGGAUUGUCAAUUUGAUUCGAAAUGCUCGAUUGGAUGCCAAAAUUGAUUCCCAAUUAGGACAUGUUGUUAUGGGUACAAAGAAACUUUCACCUUACCAACAACUAAUUGAGAAGAUUAAAGUUAUUUCACUUAGAUCACAGCUGUUAACAACAAAUGUAGAGAAAAAAGCAUCUGCUAACCAUCCUGAGAGGAUUCCUUACUGGGGAGCGCCAGAUUUUUAGUAAAAUAUGUCAUGGACUUUUGUAUGAUACCAUAUGAAUAUAAUUAUAUUAAAAUGGAUUUUAUACCAUGA